AUGCUCAUGGGCUUCAAGCCCGUGGUAAUGUUGAAGAAGCACCAUUACCUGAGACCCUCCCUGUUCGUGUACCCAGAGGAGUCUCUGGUGAUUGGGAGCUCAACCCUGUUCAGUGCUCUGCUCAUCAAGUGUCUGGAGAAGGAGGUCGCAGCACUGUGCAGAUAUGCACCCCGGAGGAACAUCCCCCCUUAUUUUGUGGCUUUGGUGCCACAGGAUGAGGAGUUGGACGACCAGAAAAUUCAGGUCACUCCUCCAGGCUUUCAGCUGGUCUUUUUACCGUUUGCUGAUGAUAAAAGGAAGAUGCCCUUUACUGAAAAGAUCAUGGCAACUCCAGAGCAGGUGGACAAGAUGAAGGCUAUUGUUGAGAAGCUCCGCUUCACAUACAGAAGUGACAGCUUUGAGAACCCCGUGCUGCAGCAACACUUCAGGAACCUGGAGGCCUUGGCCUUGGAUUUGAUGGAGCCUGAACAAGCAGUGGACCUGACAUUGCCCAAGGUUGAAGCAAUGAAUAAAAGACUGGGUUCCCUGGUGGAUGAAUUUAAGGAGGUUGUUUACCCACCAGAUUACAAUCCUGAAGGGAAAGUUACCAAGAGAAAACACGGUUCUGGAAGCAAAAGGCCCAAGGUGGAGUAUUCAGAAGAAGAGCUGAAGACCCACAUCAGCAAGGGCACACUGGGCAAGUUCACUGUGCCCAUGCUGAAAGAGGCUUGCCGGGCAUAUGGGCUGAAGAGUGGGCUGAAGAAGCAGGAGCUGCUGGAAGCCCUCACCAAGCACUUCCAGGACUGACCAGAGGCCACGCACCCAGCCGUCCUUCCACAGUGUGGCCAGGCUGCCUGGCCUUGUUCUCAACCAGUUAAAAUGUGUUUCUCCUGAGCUAGGAAGAGUCUACCUGACAGAAGUCGAGGGACUCUAUGUUUUUGAGGCUUUCUGUUGCCAUGGUGAUGGUGUAGCCCUCCCACUUUGCUAUUCCUUACUUUACUGCCUGAAUAAAGAGCCCUAAGUUUGUACUA